AUCUGGGGAUGGGUAGUCGUGGAUCCACUGCGGCUCCGGUUCUGAAAAACAUAAUCGGACUCUGGAUUCGGAUUUGUCUCCGCAAUACCGAACGAGUUCGGAGGAGUCGCGUCACCCUCUCCGAUUAGUAGUAGGGUAGCUUGGAAUCGGACCUACCCGAUUCCGAUUCCAUGUUCACAAUCAAUUCCGGAGCCAAUUCCGAUCCCGGAGCCGAUAUCGGAGCCAAUUCCGGAGUUGGAUCCGAAACGUCUAUUCUUACGAGGAUGCCGAAACCGACUCCGAUUUCAAAACCGAUUCUGAUUUCCGAACCAAUUCCGAUUCUGGAGCCCUUCUUCGAUUUCGGAACCAAUUCCGGAUCCAAGUCCGAUUCCAGAGUUGAUUCCGAUUCCAGAUCUGAUUCCGGAAUCGAUUCAGGAAAUCUGGAUUGGAAAAAAUGGGAAUUACCCAUCACUACUUUAUACCUGUCCUGAACCUGUUUUAAGCUUUCUUUCUUGAAGUGUUGUUUCAUCCGAAGUGUCCAAGUCAUGAACCUGACCAAGAUCAAAAUUAAACGGUUGUAAAUUAUUAAAAAAAAAAAUCCGUGGGAUUUCUGUGUUGUAGAAACUUGACAUUUGCAUUCGGCAGAAUUUAUUUUUCGCCAACUGUCAAAACGAAACGUAAACAAAAGCUCGCACAGUGGCAAUAUUUACGCGCUACGUGCGCACUUUUAUUUAUUGAACCCCGGCUGGCCCCGUUAAAAAGUAAGAUAAAGCGUCUUCCAACAUGUUCAUCAAACCGUUCAAGAUCAAGUCCAACAUUCUGGUGACCGGGUCGGAGAAGAAGCGGUUGCGGCAGCGCGUGAUGGCACAGUUUAACCGGCCGGACGAGGAAACGGGCACCGCACCGUCGCCACUGGCCGAACUGUUCGGCAAUCGGGCGAAGGUGUGCACGGUCAAACUCAUCACCUACCACGAGGAACCGGUCACGGUGUACACCAGCGAUAAGCGGCCCAUCUUCUUCGAGCUCAACGGGAAGCUGCUGCCGACCGUGUACACGCUGUGGAGCUGUCCGGAUCUGGUGCCGGCCUUCACUACCCACGCCACCGUGCUGCCGAAGCUGGCCAACGGGGCCGAUCUGAUGAUUCCGGGCGUGGUGAAGAAGGGCACAAACCUGGCGUCCUGGGGACGGCACCAGAAGGACGAUGUGGUGGCGGUAAACUUGACCUCGAAUCGGGCCGCCGUUGGAGUCGGGCUGCUGGCACACUCGAGCAGCGAUCUGUACAUGUGCGGCGGGCAUGGUGUGUGCGUGCGCAUGAUGCACGUGUUCGGUGAUAAGCUGUGGGGCAUGGAACCGUCCGUCUGUCAGCAGGUGCCACUGCACGGGUCGGUCGUGUCGGUGCCGACGGAGUCCGAUUUCCCACCGCUCGGCAGCGAGAAGCCCAAACCGGUGGAGGAAGCGGUGAAGCAAGUCACAAAAUCGCUGGAAAAUGCUGCCCUAACUGCCCAGGAAGAGGAGUCGACCAGUGACGGAGACGCUUCGGACGACGAACCACAGGAGCCGGAAGAGGCGGAAAAGCCCCCCAAUCCCGACGAGCUGAUCAAGGGAGCGCUGCUGAAUGCUCUCAAGCUGCACGGGAAGAAAAUUGCGCUUCCCCUACUCACCAGCACCUUCUACCCGCAGUACGUGCAGCCGGAAAUUCCCGACGGGAUCGAAAUGAAGAAAAGCUCCUACAAGAAGGUGGGCACCUUUUUCAAGCGAAUGGCCGAGGAGGGCCUGCUCGAGAUAAAGGAGGAGAAGAAGGGCAUCGAAAAGGUGACCGCCCUCAACCUGGAACACCCGGCCGUGCUGUCCUUCUAUCCGUACAAGGCGCAGAAAGCGUCAGCCGAUGGGCAGGAUGCGCCGGGCGGACCGGCCUCUUCUGGUGCUUCCAACCCGCUGCUCCUCACGCAGAUGACGGCCAUGUACGCGGUGAGCGAGCGAACGGCCAAGCUGUUCGGCUGCUUCAAUGUAGCGCUCGGCAAGACGCUGGACCAGACGCAGGUGCGCAACUACAUGCGCGAUUACGUCGGGCGCAACAAGCUGAUCAAUCCGUCCACCAAGCUGGUCACGCUGGACGACACGCUGCGGGAUAUUUGCGGCUGCCCCCCGGCGCCGGAGGAGCCGGAGGUGCUGGUGGGGCUGGCCGACCUGACCGAAACGGUGCUGAACUGCAUGACCAGCACGUUCGAGAUGCGCAGCCAGAAGGGAGCGGUCACGAAGGGCGGCAAGCGGGCGAUCAUACACCUGACGACGGCGACGCGCAGCGGCAACAAGAAGGUGACGCUGAUCAGCAACCUGGCGGACUACGGCAUCAAUGUGAACGAUUUCGCGAAGGCGGUGAAGCUGGGCGCCGCCGCCAGCACGACCAUGACGGAGGUGCCCGGCUCGAAGGGCGAGCAGCUGAUGGUGCAGGGCAACCAUAUAAAGUUUGUGUUCGAGCUGCUCACCACCACGUACCAGGUGCCGAAGGCGUGCAUCACCGGGCUGGAGUUUGCCAAGGAGCAGAAAAAGAAGAAGAAAAAGUAAUGCUGGGCGGGGAGGUAAAUUGUGUGCUCGUUGGAGCGGAAAAGGACGAGAAAGAGAUGUCAUUGAAAAGAUAACACAAAUACAAAAAUUCCACACAGCAAUAAAACAAAA